CACACACACACACACCAACCCCCUGUGAUGCCAACCCCUCCAUUGCUGGUCAGCGGCAUGUCUGUCUGUCGAGGCGAUAUAAUCUAAACCCAACAUGGAGCAGACGAUGUGUUGACGGAGAUGCGACGGUGCAUGAAAAAGGUAGUCGAACCUCUCACGUUAUGAAUAUCGACCCGCCUGCUUGCAGUUAGCCAAUAGCGCUAACCCCAACUCUCUGUUCUCUGCCCUCUCCGUGCACUGCUAUUGUUGCACAUUAAACUGAUGCGAGCAUUUCUUUCAUCGCAAAAAAAUAAUCACGUCUUUCGUGUCGUUUUUUUUAAAGACAGCUGGCCUCCGCGCGGCGGGAUGAAGUAUGUGCGACGAUAAACGCGCAGAGAGAAAUCUGAGUCAACGUAAUCCUUCUGAGCAUCGGGGGAGAAGAUGAGGACCGCGAUGGCUUCGAUGAAAACAACAUUAUUCGUACUUCUACACUGGGGGCUCCAGUGCGCUGUGUGUCGCGACAUAUUUCUUCCUCCUGGGACCUUGUACCGCGUGGCAGGGUUCCCCCUCUCCCUGCCCUGUGCCGUGUCAGGAUACGAUGGCCCACGUACGCAGGACUUUGAGUGGUUCCUGAUCAGGGAUGACGCCAAUGGAAGGCAGAUGGGAGUGGUGUCCACCAGGGACAAGGGCUUCCCUUACGCCCCUUUCCAGGCCCGGGUGAAGAGUGGGGAGGUGAGGGUUGAGAGGGACUUGGGGGACAAAGUCCGGCUAGUGAUCCAGAGGCUCCGAGCUGACGAUCAGGGGAAGUAUGAAUGCUACACACCCAGCACGGACAUCACCUACCAGGGGAACUACAGCGCCAAAGUGCCUGUCAAAGUGAUCCCUGAUACGCUCCAGAUCAGUUUUACCCGCUCACUCACCGGCCAGCCCGUGCCAGAGGGGGCCGAAUUAACGCUGACAUGCUCAGCCGGCAUCCAAUCGGAGCAGCUCACCCAUCUGUCCAUCACGUUCGGGAAGCGCGGUGCUGGAGAGGGUUUGGAUAGCGGACCGGGAGGGGAGGUCAGCACCGCCAGAGAGAUUAUCUCCGUCGACAAGCUCCUGGGGGUCGUCCCCGGACAUUCGUACAAGAAGCGGUACGAUGACGGAGAGAUCACGCUGGAGAAGAGGAACGGGGAGGCGGGACUGGACGUGUACGUGAUGAAGAUGAGAGCGGUGCAGCCACAAGACACCGGCACGUAUUUCUGCGAGGCCUCCCAGUGGAUCCGGGACCCUGAUCGAUCGUGGCAGAAGAUAGCACAAAGGAUGCUGGAUAUUGGCAACUUGACCGUUCAGCAACUAGCGGAGUCUCUGAGUAUAACGUCCUCGCCCAAGGGGGAGGUGACCCUGCAGGUGGGCUCCCCUCUCAUCCUGACCUGUGAGGUGUUGGGGCUGCCGUCUGAAGUAAACGCGGGCCUGCUGGUUCAGUGGAUGAAGAGGGGAUCGGUACGCAGCGAUGUAGCCUGGAGCGGUGGAGUCGAGGUGGAGGUGGCCCGGAUGAGCCCAGACGGCGUUGUGAGCUGGGGGGACGACCUCAGCCGAGCUAGCGGGGGCUCUAUGGAGAAAGUGGCCGAGGGGAGGUACUCUCUGAAGCUGUUCUCAGCCCAGCCCUUAGACUCGGGGGUAUACCGGUGUGUGGUGAGCGUGUACGCUGGAAGGACAAACCCCGGCGAGUUUACUCCUGCAACACUCACCCAGAGGUCUGAGGGAGUCACCGUCAACCUCAAGAGCAAAGAUGUGCUCGUUGCAGCCGUGGCUCAGCUCCCUCGAGGGCCCCUUUUAAAAAGAGGCAGCACUAUCACCCUGAUUUGCAACGCCACUGUGACGACCACAGGCCCCGCCCAGGCACAGGUGCAGUGGCUGCGGUGGCCAAUCCCUGAACGAGUUGUCAAGAAGGUACCGAGCCCAGCAUCUGAUGUUGCUCUACCGGACCCCCCUGUGGUGCAAAAACCCAGACUGGUAGCUGCCCUCAUGUACGACGGUGUCGCAGAGAUCUAUGCCAACGGUAGUGAGGUUAGCGUCGACCGCCUGUCAGCCGGCAGCUACAGACUGAGGGUCCACGCAGCAACAAUCGAGGAUCAGGGCAUGUAUGCGUGUCAUGCCCAGGCGUGGGGUCAGGACCAGCAUGGAGGCUGGUACAACACGGGGGCCAAAGCUGAGUCAAAUGCAGUGACUGUUUACCUGUAUGCCAAAGCUGCUGACCUCAUCCUCAUCCCUUUGGUCGUCGGAGUCUCCUCUGCCUUGUUUGUGGGCAUCGUCAUCAUCGCAACGGUAACCUGCUGCUUCAUGAAGCGACUCGCCAGUCAGCGCGCUCAAAAAUAGAUGUCCGCAGUCUCCGCCUGUCUGAAAUCUGAAUGUUCGCGAAGAGGCACGAAAGAGGUGAUGCACUGAAAAUAAUGAAAGAAAUGGCAGAGAAACCACUUUCAAGACAAAAAUGACUCGCCCUGUUUGACUAUUUCUUUUGUGUUUUGACCAACCUGUUUAAUAAUCAAUGCCAAAAUAUUCUGUUUUAUAUUCUCUUGUAUUUUUAUAUCCAAACCUUCUCUGAGUAUAUUUUAGUGAUUGCUGCAUCUCGCACCAGUAGGCGUAAUAAUCUAGGUUUUUGAAGCCACCAUCCAAUGGUAGAAAGACUUUUUUAUGUUGGCUUCAUCCACCUUUUUGAGGAUUCCUUUGUCCAAGCUUAGCAUUGUUUCAAAUGGAGAAGGGUAGAAGUACACAAGAUUCGCAAGACUUUUGUGACCAGGUCAAAAGCACAGAAGGUACUUCAGGUUUCGAGUCUCUCAGAUGUGAGGAAAUGCGUUGGAUGCUGUAAAAUUUGUAUAUUUUCUACAGAAAAGCCAAGCAAACGGCCCCCUCAGAAGUCAUAGUUUGAUUGUUACAGUAUAAAGCUACCAAACGGUUCUCAGCCUGUAAUGGCUCUAUUUUCACACAUAUUCUGUGUUUUCACGUCGAUAAUGUUCCAAUUGUUCCUUCCCUCUCAAACUGCAUGUAUUUUUCUUUUCUUUUUCAAAAAAAAUAUCUCAAUGUCUGUGAAUGGUUAAGCCUCUAGCGCUGCCACUGACAGUCGCAUGAAUGCUGAUGGGAGCAGUUCAGCCUCCAGAAAGUUAAUAUGCGCAGGGACCUUCCACCGCCUGCAGCCCAGCAGCACUCUGCAUGUAAACACAGUCUCUGUCUGUUACUUAAGGAAGGCGCUGGCUGGGGGCUUUCUGAUGCCAGAACCAAUUGAGUAUCAAUUCUAAACACGAGCAUUCUUCGCCUGUGACACUUCAUGCUGAAGUGAGUUUUCUAUACGGACUUGUAUAGAUUUGACAAAGAGAAAUGGAAGAGAUAUCCAUUAUGCACUGAGCUAAAAUAUGUAAAUAGUGUAUGGAGUUUAGCUGUUUUAUUUUUCUUAAUGUGAGUAAGACUAUGCUGUCUUUGACAGAGCACCAGUGUUUAACAUUCUGCAGCAGUUUGUUCUUGUGAAGCACUUGGACACAUACGGGACUGGGACCAAAGCCCCUCAGUAUCCUUCUUUUACUUGAUUUUCUUCCAGCUGAAAAGUCACUUCUUUGUUCUACUUGAGUGAAUACUUCUGAGUGUUUUUCCUUCCCUUUUUUUUGUGAGCAAUUAAUGGUUCCUUUGCUCUUGUGACUGAGACAGAUAAAACAGUACAGCGAAAAGUAGUCCUACUUGUGAAACUGACAACCAGAAAAACACGUUGUUUCACACUGAUUAGGCAGCUUGUCCCUGAGGUUAAACUCUCCUGAGCAGCACAUUCAUAUGACCUGAGAGUCUUGCUAUCGUCGUCAUCAUGGGGUUUAGGCCACACAUCUAUGCAGCCAACUCAUUAUGACUAUAGCCUCCGCUGCUAGCCCACAGUACAGAUUUACUGUGUCUGCGCACUUAUGAGUGAAAUCCAUCCUCCUCUUCCUGUCCAAAGUAACACUUAAGAAGAGUUUGGUCAUGGGAGCGAGCCCCCAUUGUCUGACCACUUACAGUUAGAGACAUGUUUGAGGAAAGUAAAAUGUGUUAACCAACUUGUGGGCAGUUAAUUUUUCCUGCUUCUCUAAAUUCGUUUGCACCGAGCUGUACUUUGCUGUCUCAGUCUGUCUUUACUGCCCGUCUGUCUCCCGGUGGGUUUUCAAUGUGAGACUCCCUCUAAAUCUGCCUGUCCUCUCGAACCUGUGCGCUGUAAACCCCCGAUUAUAAAUGUCGUUCACGAACAUUAGGGAAUAAAAUCACAGCUCUGCUUGCUCCCUGAGCCACUUUGUUCCAGAUCAACUACUCAAAGCUGAUUUGUUCCCCCACAUAUUCCCCACACAUGAUUACAUAGUUGCACACAUACACGGACAGAAUGCACGUGUGCACACACAGCGCAGCAGCAGCAGCAGCAGCAGCAGCAGCAGCAGCAGUAGUCCUGGCUGGUAUUUCAGAUGAAAGUGAGUGAGUAUCUGCGUGUUCAUCUUUAAUCCCUGUUUAUGGCUGCAGUUUAUGUCCUGCUGCCCUUCCCCCUCCCUUUCUCUCUCUCUCUCACUGUUACAGAGUCGGUUUGGCUCGCCUUUCGAUUCAUUUCAAUCUCUGUUCCCUGAGAAAUACAGCCGGCUGUAAAAAGUGUAGCAUAUAGCGUGCAACAUGCACAAAGCUGCUGUCUAAGUUGAGCUUUGGUUUGAGGAUAUAUUAAACCCUUUCAUGAAGGUGUGAUGUUUUGAUUGGACUGUUUACUCAUGCUUUAAAACCACUGUUCCUGAACGCAUCUUGCUGCCACUGAAAUAUACACAGGCUGGUUAUUGCGAAAUUUCUUAUGGUGCUUUGGCGAACCUGCCAGUUAUAUAACCAAUAAACCACUCUGGAUUUAUAAAACAUGUCUUUGCUUUUAUUUAUUCCUUUAUUUUCUACUGCAUAUUCUGCAUGGAAGGACAUAAUACAAUCUGUCUGUUUGUGUGCUAGUUAAACAUACUUUCCAUUCAUUCAAGAGGAAAAAUACAAAACAUAUCUUGUGGUUGCAGCAGUUUCCAUGUUGGGACCAGCCAAGCAGAUGUUUACAUUUCAGCUCAAGUUAACCCUCAGCACUUUGUGUUGUAGUUUUAGAGGUAAUUGGGCAGAACAUUUGUCUUAUAUUGUUACAGAAUAACAUGGGAUCAUGCAAUCCAAAUAAUAGUACAAUUAUUUAAUUUAGUUUAAUUACUUAAUAUUUAACAGAAAUAAGAAAAAAAAACAUCUCCAGGACAAAACCACCGGUUUAAACUGCUCUCUGUAGAAUGGGAAAGAAGAAGUUGUAAAAGCCUGAUGGUUAAACAUUUACGUACAUGCUCAAUAUCUCAUAACAGCGUUCAUUUCAUGUAUUUAUUGGGUAAUGUAUCCAUCUACCAUGUCAUUUAGAGUGCAUCACAGCUGCAGACUCAAUCAACAAAUGAAAAUACCUUCCUCUCUACCAUCAGUAUACGGACUAAACAUUUUUGAAUAUGUUCCUGGAUGAUUAUAUUCCAUUCACAAAGCUCAAUUAACGCCGCAACAAUAAAUACAUUCAUUUUAACAAUGUUGUUAAGUGUAAAGUGAGAGGCAUGACUCUCAGUGGCAAACCCAGAGAUAAUUAUCACCUGACUGCAGUUUUUCUUUAGCUCUGCAGUGUUUUAGCGUCUUACAGCUCAUUGUUUGUGUUUUACUGUCCGUAAAUUAACAGCGGUUUUCAGCAAAGUAGCAGUUCGGUGCUUCCUGCCCGUCACCAAACAGACAGAGUUGUCAACUAGCUGGUGAUAACAAUGGGGCUAGAUAUUUCAGACCAGCGCUAAAAGAUGAGUGAAUAGUUGGUUUGUCAGAUUUUAUAUGUUGAUUUUUCAUUGUUGACUUCUCACCCCCUUAAGUGGCCAAAUUCUGCCCAAAUAAUGGACAUUAAGGGGCAUUUUUAUUUCUGCAAAUAUGACCUCCCCCCCAUUGUGUUCCUGCAGCAAAGAUGACAUUUCCAAUUGGACCAGCAAAGUGGCUCAUUGAUGGCUGCAGAAAAGCCAUCAAACAGAUCAAAUGUGUCACAGACCCGUUCAUAGAAGUUAAAAGAAAGCUAGUGAUAAAAAAGACAUGUCAAACAAAAUGUCAAAAUAAAAAUAAAAUACAAAAAAACAACAGAUGAUUUUAUUUUCAAGUAUAACAUUUGAUGAAUUAUGUCAAACGUAGACACAAAUAUAUUAAGUUCUACUAGACGCUGCUUCUGAAACCACCUGUCCCUCUGUUCCUCUCUGAGCUGCCAUGGUAUUGCAGUACAUCAGUUUACAGAGCAUUACAUCACUAAUGCAAACACUGUACCAAUGUUAAUCCUCUUCUUCCUGUAUGACUUCAGAGGGACGUGGCAGGCAGACAAACAGAGGCUUUGUGGCGGACUGAUAAGACGCUGCACUGCCUGUGGUUGGUUGGUUGGUUAACGUACCUGCUCUCCCAACCAAUCCCUGCCAUCUGAAUGUCAACCGAGGCAGGAUUAAACAUGCAACACACGCUGCAGGCCUAGUGCCCUCACAGUGGCAGAGCCUGUUCAAAGUUGUCACUGAUUUCACCUGUCUUCUGUGAAACGUUUUCUACAAUCAUGUCCAGAUUUAUUAUAAAUAUAGCGGGAACAAAAAUGCAAUGUACAAUUUUAUUUGCAGAUAGUUCUGAGUUUCUGAGGUUUAGCAAUACCAUUUAAAUACAUUUAAUAAUUCAAAUAAUUGGGUCAAGGAAGGUUAAGAAACUAAGAUAGCUUAUAACUACAGUAACUAUUAUCCCCUUGUUAAUUACUUUGUAUAUGAUAUUUUGUACAUUAAUUAUGGAGAUUGAGCUGGGAGGUAAUUAGCCUAGCUCAGCAUUAAGACUGGUAAGAGGGGGAAACAGCUCACCUGACUCUGUCCAAAGAACCUGCGUACAAGCACUUCUAAAGCUCACUCAUUUACAUGUUGUAUCCUGUUUCUUUAACCCGUACACAGAGAAUGUACACAUUUUCUCUUAAUAUUGUAAAUAAACAAGCUACUUGUUGAUUAAUGCACAACAUUUUGCUUACAGUGAGAUGUUCUAUGAGCACUUGACAAAAAAAAA